AUGAUGAUUCAGGUGAAUUUUACGAUCGAAGAAAUCCGUGGCAUAAUGGACCACAAAAAAAAUAUUCGUAAUAUGUCCGUUAUUGCUCACGUCGACCAUGGUAAAUCAACGUUAACCGAUUCUUUGGUAUCGAAAGCGGGUAUUAUAGCCGGAGCAAAAGCGGGCGAAACACGUUUUACUGACACACGUAAGGAUGAGCAAGAGCGCUGCAUUACGAUUAAGUCAACUGCAAUUUCUCUUUUCUUCGAGUUGGAGGCAAAAGAUCUUGCUUUCAUCAAAGGCGAAAGUCAAGUAGAAGUCAAUACCAUCAAUGGCGAGCAAAAGAAGCUUCCAGGUUUUUUGAUCAACCUGAUCGAUUCACCAGGCCACGUUGACUUUUCUAGUGAAGUAACUGCUGCAUUGCGUGUUACCGAUGGAGCCUUGGUUGUUGUCGAUUGCGUUUCCGGUGUCUGUGUGCAAACUGAGACAGUUUUACGUCAGGCUAUAGCUGAACGUAUCAAGCCCGUUCUGUUUAUGAACAAGAUGGACCGUGCUUUGCUGGAAUUGCAACUUGGUGCUGAGGAGCUCUACCAAACAUUUCAGCGCAUCGUGGAAAAUAUUAAUGUUAUUAUUGCUACAUAUGGUGAUGAUGAUGGACCAAUGGGGCCAAUCAUGGUUGAUCCAGCUGUUGGUAACGUUGGUUUUGGUUCAGGUUUACAUGGUUGGGCUUUCACAUUAAAGCAGUUCGCUGAAUUCUAUGCGGAGAAAUUUGGAGUUCAGGUGGAAAAACUUAUGCGUAAUCUUUGGGGUGAUCGUUUCUUUAACAUGAAGACCAAAAAGUGGACAUCAACACAAGAUGCUGAUAGUAAGCGUGGUUUUGUCCAGUUCGUACUUGAUCCGAUCUUCAAAGUGUUUGAUGCCGUAAUGAACGUCAAAAAGGACGAAACAGCAAAACUAAUUGAAAAACUUGAUAUCAAGCUUUCUAAUGAUGAGAGGAAUCUAGAAGGGAAGCCGCUGAUGAAGGUUAUGAUGCGUAAAUGGUUGCCAGCUGGUGAUACAAUGCUUCAAAUGAUUUGCAUGCAUUUACCAUCACCUGUUACUGCCCAAAAAUAUCGAAUGGAAAUGUUGUACGAGGGGCCACAUGACGACGAAGCUGCUAUUGCGAUAAGGAAUUGUGACCCUAAUGGUCCAUUGAUGAUGUACGUUUCAAAGAUGGUACCGACAUCGGACAAAGGACGUUUUUAUGCUUUCGGACGUGUAUUUUCUGGCAAGGUUGCAACUGGAAUGAAAGCAAGAAUCCAGGGACCAAAUUUUGUACCCGGAAAGAAGGAAGAUUUAUACGAGAAAACAAUUCAGCGUACAAUUCUGAUGAUGGGUCGUUAUGUGGAACCAAUCGAAGAUAUUCCAUCUGGUAAUAUAGCCGGUCUUGUAGGCGUUGACCAGUAUCUUGUCAAAGGUGGUACAAUAACAACAUAUAAAGAUGCCCAUAAUCUACGUGUUAUGAAAUUUUCGGUAUCACCGGUUGUACGUGUUGCUGUAGAACCAAAAAAUGCUGGCGAUUUACCGAAACUGGUCGAAGGUCUGAAACGUUUAGCGAAAUCUGAUCCUAUGGUUCAGUGCAUAUUCGAGGAAUCAGGAGAGCAUAUCAUUGCUGGUGCUGGAGAACUCCAUUUGGAAAUUUGCUUGAAAGAUUUAGAAGAGGAUCACGCCUGUAUCCCAAUUAAAAAGUCUGAUCCAGUUGUUUCAUAUCGUGAGACUGUGACCGAAGAAUCAGACCAACUGUGCCUUUCAAAAUCGCCUAACAAACAUAAUCGUCUAUUCGCCAAGGCUCUGCCAAUGCCUGAUGGACUCGCGGAUGAUAUCGACAAGGGUGAAAUUAAUGCCCGUGAUGAAAUGAAGGCCCGAGCUAAAAUUUUGGCUGAGAAGUAUGAUUAUGAUGUCACUGAAGCAAGGAAAAUUUGGUGUUUCGGUCCUGAUGGUACCGGUGCAAAUAUUUUGGUUGAUGUUACGAAAGGUGUGCAAUACCUAAAUGAAAUUAAGGAUUCAGUUGUUGCUGGAUUCCAAUGGGCUACAAAAGAGGGUGUCCUUUGUGACGAGAAUAUGCGAGGUGUUCGCAUCAAUAUACAUGAUGUAACGCUUCAUGCAGAUGCAAUUCACAGGGGUGGUGGCCAGAUAAUUCCAACAGCUCGUCGUGUUUUUUAUGCAUCUGUAUUAACCGCUCAGCCACGUUUGCUGGAGCCUGUUUAUCUUGUAGAAAUUCAGUGUCCAGAAAAUGCUGUAGGAGGUAUUUAUGGAGUUUUGAAUCGGCGUCGUGGACAUGUAUUUGAAGAAUCACAAGUAGCUGGUACCCCAAUGUUCGUUGUUAAGGCGUAUUUACCUGUCAAUGAGUCUUUCGGCUUUACGGCUGAUCUUCGUUCUAAUACGGGCGGCCAAGCAUUCCCGCAAUGUGUUUUUGAUCACUGGCAGGUACUGCAGGGUAAUCCAUUGGAGCCGAACACAAAGCCGGCUCAAAUUGUAGCCGAAAUUCGUAAGCGUAAGGGUUUGAAAGAACAAAUACCUGGCUUGGAUAAUUUCUUGGAUAAAAUGUAA